GGCUUCGCCAGGGCUCCUCCUUCUCCUCCUCCAGCGCUUCCCCCAGGAGCCGGCAGUGGCUGCAGGAGUUAUGAGAAGCGCGGGUCCGAGUGCACGCCCGGCGCUGGCGCUGCUGCUGCUGCUGGCCGGGGCCGGGGCUUCCGCCGCCGCCUCGCCCCAAGCCCCGCCGCUCUUCAACGUGAGCCUGGACAUGGCCCCGGAGCUGCGCUGGCUGCCGGUGCUGCAGCACUUCGACCCGGACUUCUUGCGUGCCGCGAUGGCGCACAUCGUCGGGGAUAAUGUCCCCAAGUGGGUCCUCGAAUUGAUCCGAAAGACAGUCAGGAUGCUGGAACUCUUCCUGCCGAAACCCUUCAUAGGCGAGAUCCGCGGCAUGUGCGAUGCCCUGAACUUCCAGCUGGCGGACUGCAUCCUCCUCAACCUAGUCUAUGAGUCCACCGCAUUCUGCACCAGUAUUGUGGCUCAAGACUCCAGAGGCCACAUUUACCAUGGCCGGAAUCUGGAUUAUGCUUUUGGAAAUCUCUUACGCAACUUGACAAUGGAUGUGCAGUUCUUAAAGAAUGGGCAGGUUGCGUUCACAGGAACCACCUUCGUUGGCUAUGUAGGAUUAUGGACUGGUCAGAGUCCACACAAGUUUACAGUUUCUGGCAACGAACGAGCAGAUAAAGGCUGGUGGUGGGAGAACGUGAUCGCUGCCCUGUUUCAGAGACACUCCCUGAUCAGCUGGCUUAUCCGCACUACCCUGAGUGAAUCAGAAAACUUUGAAGCAGCUGUUUACAAACUGGCCAAGACUCCCCUCAUUGCUGAUGUUUACUACAUUGUUGGUGGCACGACCCCCAAGGAGGGAGUAGUCAUAACAAGGAACAGAGGUGGCCCAGCAGACAUUUGGCCUCUAGAUCCUUUAAAUGGAGCGUGGUUCCUAGUGGAGACAAAUUAUGACCACUGGAAGCCAGUGCCUAAAGGAGACGACCGGAGAACACCUGCCAUCAAAGCCCUUAAUGCCACGGGCCAGGCAAACCUCAGCCUGGAGGCGCUCUUCCAGGUUUUGUCAGUGUUUCCGGUUUAUAACAACUACACAAUUUAUACUACGGUAAUGAGUGCUGCCAACCCAGAGAAGUACAUGACCAGGAUCAGAAACCCGGGUUAAAAGCAGGAGAGUGAAAUUCACCUGUACUGUGAAGAUGAUUUUUUAACUGAAAUUUCUGAAGAGCUGCACUUAAAAAAAAUAAAGUGAAAAGAUUAUAUUUUA